CAUUUUGAUCGGAAGCAACAGCGGGAGCUCGCUGGCUGUGAAGGUCCUAGAGCAAGAAUUUUCAAAAAGCUUGUUGUGAUGUUCUUUCCAAGACUAUCUUUAGCCACUAACCUUCCAAAGCUUUUGAGACAGUUGGAGCAUGAUGUGGAAGCUGUAAUCAAUGUACUGCAACCUGGUCCUUUAGGCAUCAUUGAACACAAAUUUAGUGCCGAGGAAGUGCGGAAGGCGAAGGCCAUAGCCGAGCAAGCAAUUAAGAACUGGAAAAGGAAUGCUUACUUGGAAAAUAAGAAUCAUUUCAACAAACAUGCUGCUAAUCAGUCACCAGAGAAGGAUAAUAAACCCAUAGAGUAGAGGUUGAGUUUUUCAAGCUACAGAUAGAAGAUACUAUAUUGGGAGGAUUUGAUAAUCUUUUAUAAUCGUGAUGACUUCAUUUUGAGUAUAUGUGCAAAUAAUGUAUCAAUACAUUAUUAUUUUGUAUGUACAACAACGCAAUCAUGUUAAUGAAGUGUAUGCUUCUUUACUUCCA